AGCCCACGGUUGGUUUGUUCACGUGACUUGUGUGUAUAAAUAGAUAAACACGUUCAGUUUCUGCAGAAAAAGUAUUGGAAAACGUGAAAAGUUGGUUGAAUUAAUAUUUCUGUUCUAGACAUUUAAAAUGAAUGACAUUUCAGGAAAAUUAAGACAAGACAGUGAUCUUGAGCUUGAGGCAAAAUUGAAAGCUUUAACAACUGGAAAAACAAAUUCAUUUGAGUUUGAAGGUGAAACAAAUAUGCCAAAGAAAAACUCAAAAGUUGAAAAAGAGGCAAAAUAUGAAAGUGCUGUCACUGAAAUUUCUCAGCAUUAUAAAGGUGUUUUGAGUGCACUGGGUGAGGAUACAGAAAGACAAGGGAUACAGAAGACUCCAGAACGUGCUGCCAAGGCCAUGUUGUUCUUUACAAAAGGUUACAGAGAAAGCAUUGCAGAUGUGCUGAACGAUGCAAUAUUUGAUGAAGAUCAUGAUGAAAUGGUAAUUGUGAAAGAUAUAGAAAUGUUCUCAUUGUGUGAACAUCAUUUGGUGCCUUUUAUAGGAAAAGUGUCAAUAGGAUAUUUACCAAACAAGAGAGUAUUAGGCCUUAGUAAACUAGCUAGAAUUGUAGAAAUAUUUAGUAGAAGAUUACAAGUGCAAGAACGCUUAACUAAACAGAUAGCUGUAGCAAUAACAGAAGCCAUACAGCCAGCAGGAGUUGGUGUUGUAGUAGAGGCAACGCAUAUGUGUAUGGUGAUGAGAGGGGUGCAGAAGUUGAACAGUCGUACAGUGACCAGCACAAUGCUUGGUGUGUUUCGGGAGGACCCAAAGACAAGAGAAGAGUUCCUCACAUUAAUAAGAAACAAUUGACUAACACGAUCUCAUAAUACAGUUGCCAUGGAAACAGGCAUGAAACAGGAUACAGGCAUUCCAGUCAAAAACAGUUGUUUUCUUACAUCAAUAAGUUGUUUUAUUUGUUAAAGCCAGUUUUCUUUCAUAUUUGUUUUAAAUUUUAUAACUCAAAUAUUUUAUUUUACAUAUAUUAGUAUACUCUUGUUUAGCUGCAGUCGGGUUUUGAUUCUCUGUUUUUAUGAUGAAUGCAUUUAUUAAAGUAUAUCUGUUAGUAUGUCAAAAUAUAUGUAUGCUUUUAAUUUUGUUAUUUAGUACAUGAUGUUUGCUUUCAAGUUUGUGUGUUUAUUGCUAAAAAAAGUGAAAAUACUAAUAAUGCUAUACAGGCUGUAUUAUGAAAUCAUUUAAUUUCUUGGGAACAAAAUUUCAUGUUUUAGCCCCAGAUGCCUAUUUCAUGGGGACAUAGAUUUGUGGAUUUUGACCUUUGAACACAAAAUAAGUUGGAUAUAUACUGGUACUGCUUUGUUGGGAUUAAAUUUCAUUGAUUGACUUAGCCACAAAAUCCACCAAAAUUAGACCCCAUCAAAAUUAUGAUUUCACAGUAUUUGUAUUCUAAGAGGACACCUCCAGGUUCUUGUAAUUUUUAGCUUGACUAUUUGAAGAAUAGGCAGAGCUAUUGGACUCACCCGUGUAUGGGCGUCCGCAUCAGCAUCCUGAUUUAGUUAAGUUUUUAUAUGUAAAAUGGUAUCUUAGUAACCACUUGUUGGAAUGGAUUUAAACUUCAUCCAUUUUUUGACUAGUUCCUUAACUCUGUUUUGCUCGUUAUACAAAAUUAUGCCCCUUUUUCGACUUAGCAAUUUUUGGUUAAGCUUUUUUUGUUUGUAAGCUGGUAUCUCAGUGCCCACUAACAGGAAUAGAUUGAAACUUCAAACUCUUGUUCACUGAUGAUCUGACAUGCAUUUCACAGGCUCUAUAACUGAACUUAGUGUUUUACAAAAUUAUACCCCUGUUUUUAAGCUUGGCAAGUUUUGGUAAUGUUUUUGUAUGAAAGCUUGUAUCUCGGUAUCCACUCAUGGGAAUGGAUUGAAACUUCUCACACUUUUCAUUUUAAUCGUCUGACAUUCACUGAACAGGUUUCAUAACUCUACUUUGCAUUUUUACAAAAAUAUGCCCCUUUUUCAAUUUUUAUACGCCCAAAGGGGCGUAUUAUGUCAUGAUGCUGGUGUCCGUCUGUCCGUUAGCAAUUUCGUGUCCGCUCUGUAACUCUUGAACCCCUUCAAGGAUUUCAAGGAAACUUGACACAAAUGUUCACCACAAUGAGACGGCGUGCAGAGCGCAUGUUUUGGAUGUCUCGCUUCAAGGUCAAGGUCACACUUAGGAGUCAAAGGUCAUAUCAGUUUGUUUCGUGUCCUCUGUAACUCUUGAACCCCUUGAAGGAUUUCAAAGAAACUUGACACAAAUGUUCACCACACCAAGAGCACUUGCAUAGCGCAUGUUCCGGAUGACUCGCUUCAAGGUCAAGGUCACACUUAGGGGUCAAAAGUCAUGUCAGUUUGUUUCGUGCCCGCUCUGUAACUCUUGAACUGCUGGAAGGAUUUCAAAGAAACUUGGCAGAAAUGUUCACCACACUAAGUCGACAUGCAGAGCACAUGUUCCGGAUGACUCGCUUCAAGGUCAAGGUCACACUUAAGGGUCAAAGGUCAUAUAUGACUUUGCUUUGUGUAUAUUGCUCUGCAUUGCAGUACUCGUGUUUUUAUUGAGCAGAUCUCUUUUUUGUUCACUUACAAUUAUUUUUUUUUAGAAUUCCUUCCCUUUUAUGUUACUAUAAAUAGCUUAUUUUGAAACUUUUUUAUUAUUGGCCAUAGGGAAAAACCGAGACCACUUUUCUGUGGUACAACAUGGAUGGUACCUCCAAUUUUUAGGUGUAUUUUUACAUACCUGUACCUGAUAAGGAUUUUUUUUGUGUACUUUGAAUAUUUUUUUUGUGGACUUAGAUUUGUUUUUUGAAGUUUUCCUUUUGUUGUUCCAGUCCUUUGGGCUACAACAGUCAAGAUCUUUAAAUUUUGCUCCCAUCCUAUGAUGUAACCCUUCGGGCAUAUAUUGCCCCGCUUGGCGGAGCUCUUGUUAGGUAAGUUUUUGUCUGUAAGCUGGUAGCUCUGUACCCACUUACGGAAAUGGAUUGAAACAUCACACACCAGUCCAAUGAGAUGAGCUGACAUGCACUGUACAGCUUCCAUAACCAUGUUUUGCAUUUUUGCAGUUAUGCCCCUUUUUUGCCUUUAAAUUCAUUCAAUUGACAAGGCUGUUGAAUAGUGGAGCGUUGCUGGCCUCCAACAGUUCUUGUUUAUUGUAUUUAUUAAAAUGCUUUCUUUUGUUACUAAUUGUUAGUUUAAAGCAAAGCAUAGUGAUUCAGUAGGGUCUGGGCAGUACGUAUAAAUAAAAACGCACACUUGCUGUCUUGAAAACAUGUAGAAAAGAUAUAAGAUAUAUAAGUCGGGCAGUAAAAAUAGUUGUUAUAGAGCAAGAAUUUGUACUUUUCUUGUACAUGUACAAUAUCACUUGGGAUAUUUGAUUUACACUAUUGAUUUAUUAUUUUAAAUAAACCACAGACUUAGUGAUAUUUUUGAAAAGUGUGAUAUUCUUACAUAAAUAUGGAGGAUGGUCCCCUUGAACAAGACUUGUGUGGUCUGUAAGCACUUUACCUAGAGUUUAACCUGUUUUUAAGUCCACAUUUGAGCAGAGACCGUCUUGCACAUUAGACCAUCAGUUUCAUUUCCGGUGUAUUGUUGUAUUAAGGAUAUAUUUCAACCACUGCAUUUGGACGAAGACCAGUUGGCAUUUAAAAUUAUCAGUAACAUUUCCUUCAUUAACAUUUAAUGGUGUAUUUUAGCCUCUGCAUACAGACCACCUUUUAAACAAAACUGCCUUAUGCUGUAGGCCAUCAGUUCCAUAUCCUAUUUUAACAUUUAAUGGUUUAUUUCAACCUCUGCAUCAAUACUGGUCUUUCAAAGUUAGUUCAAAUGUGAAGUGGUGAAGAAAAUGAGUGGGGGUUAACUGUAUGUAACAACUUUCUAAAAAUAUCAGCUUAAAUAAUGUUCUAUUUAUAAUUAUUGAUUACUCAUAAUUGUUCCUUUCCAUGAAGCAUUUUCAUAUUUUGACACACAUUUAGAGUUAUUAUUCUUUAUUUGUAAUGUUGAUGCAUUGUUAUCAAUAUGAAUAUUUUACAGAUAUAUAUAUAUAAGAUAUAAAAAAUUUAUAUGCAAAUAUUUAAAUAAACUAAAUUUUUAACUUGCAUUUACAUUUUUAUAAUUGAGAAUUCAAUUUAUUUUACAUACUUGUUAAAGUCAUUAUUAUAUUUUCUGUUUUGAUAACAAUAUAUGUGUUUUUUAGAUAUUGGAAGUUUCAAAACAGCUAAAGUAGUUUGAUUAACAUUGUACUAAAUCCUUACCAUCUAAGGUUAAAGACAGAAGGAUUAGUAUUCAUUGUAACUCUAGAAAAAGCAAUACAAUCUUGGCAUGUGAAAUGAUGACAUAUGUGAAAAAAUGAAAAGACAUUUAAGGUAACUUUACUCUUUCCAUGACAGGCUUUCAGGGUAAAUAUUGAAAAUGUAGUGUGUACAUAUGUAUGGUGACUGUAGUGCAUUUGUUUGAAGCAUGUCAGUCAAAUAUUUUGAAAAAAGUAACUUAUGGUGGGUUGAGAAUGAUUUAUUUAAGUAUGGUUUCGAUAUUUUAUAUGAGGGCUGUUCAAAAAUAACAAUAGACUUUGUCUGUAGCUUUUAUAUAUGUUAAUGAAGCAAAACAAGAAUAACAUUGUCAUGAUUCGCAGUCUUUCUACUAACCUCACUGCAAAUUUGGCUCUAAUAUGAUAAUACAGUCAGAAGCUAUGCCUCCUUGGAAACAGUCAAUUACAUGAACAGAUUGGGAUCAUAUUUUAACCUCUGCAUCAAGACCACCUGCAAAUAUGUUUUGACUUCCGCAAAAUGCUUUCAUUAAGAUUUGCACCAGUUUAUCAUUAAUUUCUUGUAAUAUUUUGAUAAACAAUACCCAGGUCAUAAUCAGUAGUUAGGUUAGAAUACUGAAAAUAGGUGACAAGCAUCUUGGACAGAGUAGUUGGUCUGUAUCUGUGGUAUCAUAGAUUGAUGUAAAUGUCAAAUCACAGACUUUUUUCUCCCUUGACCUACGCUUUCAGCAAUUCUGGGCCAUUUGACCAUGGUAUAUACCACUUGAAGAUUAAGCCACGGAUGAUGGAACAUUUCUGUGGUGCCUGCUUGAUAAGUAAAUAAAAUUCAGAUAGAGUCUGCAUAACAUAACAAGUGCCUGGUUAUCUGUGUGAGCCUACGAUACUAUGUGCAUUAUGAACUGCAAUACUCACUUAGUUUAAAUGUUGUAUACUUCCACCUCCCAGUGAUGCUGUACUUCUGAAGCAUGUCACAGAGAUAUGAGCCGUGCCAUGAGAAAACCAACAUAGUUGCGCAUCCGCGCAGUCUGGUCAGGAUCCAUGCUGUUCGCUUUCAAAGCCUAUUGGAAUUGGAGAAACUGUUAGCGAACAGCAUGGAUCCUGACCAGACUGCGCGGAUGCGCAGGCUGGUCUGGAACCAUGCUGGUCGCAAACCCACUAUGUUGGUUUUCUCAUGGCACGGCUCAUAUGUUGCUUCACUUGGUAAACAAAAGCACUAUCUGGGAGGAUAUUGGUGGCUGAAUUCAAAUCAUGAUGGAUGAAAAAGCAACUGCACCAGAAAGGGGUAGCCAUGGUAAUUUAAAUGUUCUAUGUACUUCAAGUAACAGCAAAAAUAUUUUUAAAAUUAUUUGACAUUACACAAAAUUGCAAAUUACAGUGAUAUAUUUUACAUUGCACUAUACACAAUAGCCGCUUUUGACAGGUCUGUUGUUUCUGAACAGCCCUUGUAUGUAUUUAGGAAUAGACUGAAUGCUUGAUAUUAAGUAAUAACUGAACCAUUUUCUAAUUGUUUUGAAUGGUUUUGAACACAUUAUAUUGAGAAUAUAAACACAGAAUUAGCCUAAAUAUCGGUAGAUAAAACUUAGUAAUACCUUUUCUUCAAAAAUGUUUCGCUUUUCUGGCAAUAAUGUACAGGUUGUAUCUGCUUGUUAUUUUUCAUUGUUUUUUUAGUUGAAAUGUUAUUAUAUAAUGUACUUUAUAUAUCAAAAUGUUAUAAUUUUGUUUGAACUCAAAAAAUAAAUGUGGGGAUUGACACUUUGAACAUAGUAAGAUUAAUGAGGAAUAAUUAAAUGUUUGCAAAAUACUAGUCAGUUAUAGAAACAUAUGUUAGUUUAAUUAAUAUAUAUCUUAGUUUAUUGUGUUGAAUGUAAUUUAUUUGCGAUAGGUAUAAACAUUACGAAAUAUUUGCAUUCCUGCAUUUAAUGAUCUUAAACAUUAAAUAUUAUAGUUUGAUUUUAGUUGAAGCUCUUAGUCUCCCAAAUUUGACCUGUUCCAAUAAAACUUUUCAGUGUUAAUGAUGGUGACUACAGAAGUAUAUUUUAGGCAAAGAAAUGCAAAUAAGUGCCAAAAAUAAAUAUACUGGAAACUACAAGUACUUUGCACAGGUUUUUAUACGGAGUUUGGAAACAACUGCAGCAUACGAUUGGUUGAUCUUGAGCUUACUUUGAAACUGACCAAUAGCAAGGAUGCAUGCAUUUUGAGACUGGUCAUCAAACUUUGAUUUAUAAACUAAGAGCCUAUAUUGUAUGUGCAAUUUUUAAGAGAUUACGGCAUUCUUUUUAAAUAGCUGUUGUUGUAGAGUAGAAACAGUUUAUUAGCCACCGAUGUUAGCAAAGAGAUUAUGCGCUAUAGAAAUAUACGUUAGUCUUUCACGAUUUGUUUUUGUCAUACCAUUAUAUUUAUUCUACAAGUUUUUCGAAUACUGAAAAUUUAAUACUGUUGCUCUAUUCACCUAAACUCUUAACAUGAUUAAAUGUUAAUUUCUCUUUCAAUAUUUAAAAAGUAUUUAUAUUAUAAAUCAUUCUAAAGAACUAGUACAGAUUGAAAGAGAAAUUUUGUAAUUUUUCAAAAUAUUUCGAAUGGUUUUAAGUUCACCAUCUGAAAUUGUUUGGUACAACAUUUCCCUCUGUAAAUUUCAGUUGUUAAGGACUCCUUUAAAAAUGCAAUUCUGACACAUUGUUUUUGGAUUUUAGUAUAACUUUGAUCAAUUGUGUGUAAAUGGGUUUAUCAAGAACCAAAUUGGUCAUAUCAAGGACAUCAUCAUAUCCAGGGCUGCAAGAGCUGUCCUGUUUUUAAUGUAAAAGUAAAAGUUAACAAGAAGGCUGUUCAAACAUUUUGCCUUUAUGUGUCGUCUAGAUUCUCACAACUGGCUUUCACCAUAAAGGCUUCUUGUGCAGAUAUGUUCAUAUCUUUGUGAACACAGCCGAGGUAUACAAUAAAUUUAAAAUUUCCUUGUCUGCGGUUAGACUUCUUCUCAGAAUAGUAAUUUUAAGGACAUUUGGUUAUUCUCAGCUUCACAUUUGAAUGUUAUUAAAUUAAAAAUAAAAAUGAAAUCAAAGUUUCUCUAAAGUUUUUGAGUACUAGUUGUAUGAUUGUAAUUUACCUGUGAUAUAUAUUGCUUUUUACGCUUACAAAAAAUAUAAAAAUAGGUAAAACAUAUUUACCAGUGUGAAAUAAUAAACAUGACAAUUUUAUGCCAAAUGAAUUUACUACAUUUUUCACAUGUAUUUGAUAUACAUCUGUAUGGGCACAAGUUAAUAAAUACUUUACCAGACCAA